GGAGAAGGGCAUGAAUGGAACAUGCAAGUGUGGUCUGAGUCGGCACGAGCGGCGGGUCGAAAGAAAAGCAGAACGGAACAGAGAACAGGACGACGGCCACCCAGAGGCGUUAUCGGAGCGCGCGCGGUCGUGGAGGGGCGGAGGAGGGGCCGGAGGGGGUGUGGCAGGGAAGGAUGGUGACCUCUCUUCUCGCACAAUUUUGGAAAUGCCUGGUCGGUCAUGAGGGCGAGGACUCACUCUGACGGCGGACGCCUCCCGAGCCGGCCCAACGGACCCGGGGCCCUCACCAUGGCAGCUCCGCUCCGCCGACAGCUAGUCAGCGUCGUCUGCGUGCUGGUGGCCCUCACCUGCCUGACUGAGGGCCGCAACAUCUUCAACUACGAUGUCGCCCUCCUCCGUGCGUUCGCAGGCGGAGGAGGGAACUACCUGGAGAACGGAGCCAUCCUCGAGUCCUACGAGGUGUGCGAGAGCAGGGCGUGCCGAGUUGCCGCGCGCUCGCUCCUGGAGUCGCUCAACAUGUCCGCGGACCCGUGCACUGACUUCUACGAGUUCGCAUGCGGCGGCUGGAUCUCCAAGCACCCCGUGCCGGCCACCGAGUCCCACUUCAACCACUUCAACGAGGCCGAGGACAGGUUGCAGCGGCAGCUCAAGGGCAUCCUGGAGGUGGACGCGAACCCCGGAGAGCCGGUCCCUGUCCGACAGGCCAAGAAGUUGUACGAGACCUGCCUCAACUCCGAGGCCGUGGAGGCGGACGGGCUGUCGCCGCUGUUGGAGGAGCUGGCCGCGCUGGGCGGCUGGCCCAUGGCCAUGCAGGCCGAGGCCUGGGACGAGGCCUCGUUCAGCUGGCAGGCCGCCGUGACCCGCCUGCUGGCGCAGUGGUCCAUCGCCCCGCUCUUCGUCAUGUACGUGUUCACGGACAAGAUGGACUCCUCCCGGAACGUCAUCACGCUGGACCAGCCCGCGCUCACGCUCGCGCGCCGCAUGCUGCUGGAGCCCGCCUCCUACCGCCCGCAGCACGCCGCCAUGCUCGCCUGGAUGUCGGGCGCGGCGACGGAGGUGGGCCGCGCCGCGGGCGUGCGCCUGGACCCGGCGCGCGUCACGGAGCAGGCCCAGCAGGUCGUGCUCUUCGAGACGGAGCUCGCUAGGAUCACGACCCCGGCCGAGGGUCGGCGCGACGGGUUCCGCACGUACAACCCCCGCACCCUGGCAGAGCUGCAGGCGUGGACCGGGGCGGUGCGGCCCGUGCGGCCUGACUCGGAGGUGCGCUGGCUGGACGUGCUCCGCGGGAUGAUGGCCGGCACCGGCGUGCUCGUGGACCCGUCGGAGCGCAUCGUCGUUCGGGAGCUCGACUUCGUGCAGAAGCUUGUCUCGCUGGUCGACCAGACGCCGCGCCGCGUGCUGGCCAACUACAUCUGGUGGCGCCUGGUGCGCGCGCUCUCCGGGGACUUGACGGACGCCAUGCGGCAGCUCGCCUUCCAGUUCGACCGCACGCUCAUCGGCACCUUAGAAGACUCGCCCCGCUGGAAGGACUGUGUGCAGCGCGCCAGCAGUCUGCUCGGCUUCGCCGUCGGCUACGAGUACGUCGCGAGGCACUUCGACGACGCAGCCAAGCUGUCGGCCGUGGCGCUGGUCCGCGACCUCCGCGCCUCCUUCGCCGCGGACAUGGCGGCCGUCGACUGGAUGGACUCGGACACCCGGGACGCUGCGCUACACAAGGCGGAGGCCAUGACGGAGUUCAUCGGCUACCCGGACUGGUACGCCAACGCGUCGGCGCUGGAGCAGCAUUACCGCGGGGUGACGGUGGGCGGCGGCCACUUCCGCAACAUGAAGGCCGUGCGGGGCUACCUCGUGCGCCAGUCCCUCGUCAAGCUCCGGAGGCCGGUCGACCGCGCAGAGUGGCUGACUGGCCCCGCCGUCGUGAACGCCUACUACAACCCUGGCGCCAAUUCCAUUAUUUUCCCCGCUGGGAUUCUGCAGCCGCCCUUCUUCAGCCGGGGGCGCGUCGAGGCGCUCAACUACGGCAGCGUGGGAGUGGUGAUCGGCCACGAGAUCACGCACGGCUUUGACGACAUGGGCCGCCAGAGCGACGCCCAGGGCAACCUGGCGCAGUGGUGGAGCGCCGCCACGCUCGAGACGUACCUGCGCAAGGCGCAGUGCAUCGUGCAGCAGUACGACUCGUACCGGGUGCCGGAGCUGGACAACGUGCUGGGCACGGCGGCCACGGUGAACGGCGUGACGACGCAGGGCGAGAACAUCGCCGACAGCGGCGGCCUGCGGCUGGCCUACAAGGCGUACCAGCGGUACCUGCAGCGGGCGGGGCCGGAGCCACGACUGGUCGGACUGGAGGAGUUCACCCCCGAGCAGCUCUUCUUCCUCGGCUUCGCCACGAUGUGGUGCGAGUCCUCGACGAAGGAGUCCCUGCUGCACGAAGUCCUCACGGACCCGCACGCCCCGCACCGCUUCCGUGUCCAGGGCUCACUCGCCAACUCCAGGGACUUCUCGCUAGCUUGGGGCUGUCCGACGGGGCCCAACCGAGCGGGGGGAGGCGGGGGCGGAGCGCAGUGCCACAUUUGGUAGCGACCCCCGCCCCGGCCCUCCCCUCCCCAACCUCAAGACUGCCUACUAAACUCUCAUCUAGACUGUAAGCACGGGAAGGGCUCCCGUAUCAAAAACAGAA